UCACAAUAUGGGCGUGUCUACAUCAUGGCCAAUCAGAAAUAAAAGUUGUCUGUCGUGGGCGGGGCCAGGGAAGACUACUGGAAGCUCACGCAGCCAGGCAGAAGAUCGAAAUGGCGGCGCCAGCAGAGAGGAUGGAGGUUUCUCAGGGGGAGAGCUCAGCCAAGCCUGCAGCAGAGGAUAUGACGUCAAAGGACUACUACUUUGACUCAUACGCCCACUUUGGCAUCCACGAGGAGAUGCUGAAAGAUGAGGUUCGAACUCUGACCUACCGCAACUCCAUGUUCCACAACAAGCAUCUGUUUAAGGACAAGGUGGUGCUGGACGUGGGCAGUGGGACAGGCAUCCUCUGCAUGUUUGCUGCCAAAGCUGGAGCCAAGAAGGUUAUAGGGAUAGAGUGCAGCAGCAUCUCUGACUAUGCUGUGAAAAUUGUCAAAGCCAACAAGCUGGACGACGUUGUGACCAUCAUCAAGGGGAAAGUAGAAGAGGUGGAGCUGCCUGUGGAGGGAGUGGACAUCAUCAUAUCAGAGUGGAUGGGCUACUGCCUCUUCUAUGAGUCCAUGCUCAAUACAGUCAUUUAUGCCAGGGACAAAUGGCUGAAACCGGAUGGACUCAUUUUCCCAGACAGGGCAACCCUCUAUGUCACUGCCAUUGAGGACAGGCAGUACAAGGACUACAAGAUCCACUGGUGGGAGAAUGUGUAUGGGUUUGAUAUGUCCUGCAUCAAGGAGGUGGCGAUAAAGGAACCCCUGGUUGACGUGGUGGACCCCAAACAGCUGGUCAGCAGCGCCUGUCUCAUCAAGGAGGUGGACAUCUACACAGUGAAGGCAGAGGACCUGACCUUCACCUCACCGUUCUGCCUGCAGGUGAAGAGGAACGACUACAUCCACGCUCUGGUCACCUACUUCAACAUCGAGUUUACCCGCUGUCACAAGAGAACCGGCUUCUCCACCAGCCCAGAGUCUCCCUACACCCACUGGAAGCAGACUGUCUUCUACCUGGAUGAUUAUCUGACUGUCAAGACUGGAGAGGAGAUCUUUGGCACCAUCAGCAUGAAGCCAAACGUCAAGAACAAUAGAGACCUGGACUUCACCAUAGACAUCGACUUCAAGGGUCAGCUGUGUGAGAUGUCGAAGACGUCAGAGUACAGGAUGCGUUAGAAGGGCCUCUCCCUGUGUUAGUUUGUACCAUAGUUUGACGCUCCCCUGCAGCAACAUUUUAAAGACUGUCUUUUUUUUGUUUCUUUUCAUUUUCUCAUUGAGAUGUAGUAUUUAAAGGUUUUCACAUUAAUGGGGUCAAAGUGCAUUGAGGUGGUGAUUCAUUGUGCAGUAGUCACUCAACAAAGCGUGUUAGACAUGUACCUGGUGUUUGUGUCCAACAUCUGCUUGGGUUUUAUUUUGGGGUUCUUGUCUUUUGCAUGUGUGAGAUCCAUAUAGACACAAACUCAGCGGCCCUGCUUACAUGUCUACAUGUGUGCAUAGUGUUACUAUUGAUUCACUUUGGCCCUCUGUGUGGUUAUUACAUGACCCAGCCACUGGUCUGCCCUUAGUUUGAUCCUGAUGCAGCUGUGGGUGUGUGGCUCUUCGGAUGUAUGUAUGUAUACUGAAUUCUGCCUCCGCCUGUGUACUAGUUCAUAGAAACCAUAUGUAACUGACAAGAGAGCUGUCCACCACACAUGAGGCCCUGUUCAGACCAAAAAUAGCCAUGUAUUAAAAAACUACAGUAUAACGCACAGGGUCUGUGUUGGUGUGAAUGCAGUGCUCCAGGUUCCGUUAAGAAGACAGGAAGAGUUAAAGUUACUGCCUGUUAAACUUCAGAUGAAGAGAAAGCAGGAAAUCUAUAUCAGCACCACCUCUGUUCAUAUAUCAGCUGUGAGCAGGUACUCCGUCUCCUGUGUACAUUGCAUGUUGGGAGAAUAGUGUGUGUGUGUUAACACACUUGGAAUGGCUGAACUGAGUAUGUAUAGUGUUUGGUUUAACUUUCACAGUGUGAACACACAACAUACUAACAGUGUGUCUACUCUCAGCAUGUAGUGUGCAUUUGGGGCACGACAGAUCUUCUUUAGCUGACGUGAACAGUGAACAGAAGUGGGCUGCUGCAGACCUGCAGCUCUUUCUUGUUGGGCCUACAUCAUGUUUGACAGCUGGGUAAUGCAACAGCUGUCCUUCCUUAUUUAGCCGUCAUCAGGCCACACCCUUUUGAAAAAGCCACACUGAGGCAUCUUGAGGUGUAACUUGUUGCUGCGCCUGGAGAGAGGUGGCCUGUUGGGACCAGAUCCUGGUGCCUGGUUCCAGUGGGCUCCACAGCUCUGUCAGGUGUCCUGGAGCCCAUGUGAUUGUCCUGAUACUGUGAGUCAGUGUGAACAGUGGUAACCAUGCUGACCCUCAGCAGAGAUAGCUCUGACUCAUCACACUUAGAUUUUUCUCUUUUGUAUUUUGUUUUUGUUGUCUGCUGCUUUUUUUUGUUUGUUUGUUUUUUGUUUUUGUUUUUUUUAAAAAUAAAACUAAUAAACUGUAAAUGUAACUUUU